UUUUUUGAUGACGAAAUUGUGUUGACUCUCCAUCAGAAACUCCUCCUCCUGAGGAAGAAGGCUGUCUAAAACCAGAGUCCCCUCCCCAAAAUUUUGGUGCUUGGAAAAUCAUUCCAUGUUCUUGCCAUUUCGGCCGUGAUCACACGAGAUUUUGCUAACUAGGAUUCUAAGGCACAUGAACUAAUUUGGACCUGCAAGCAAUUUUAUUUUAAGAGGACAGAUAAGGCAGCGUAUGCGUGACACUGUAGCAACUGUUGCACCUGCUGAUCUGUGUGUACCCUUGGGACCAUCAACUGGAAGACCAACCAAGAGUCGAUAUAUCCUGUUAUAAUGAGUAGUGUAGGGUCAGAAGUUGUUCGCAUUCUCUCAACAUUCACGAUAAAGCCACAAUGCAUCAUAGAAGAGACACAAAAGGAAUUCAAUUUAACACCCUGGGAUCUUUCUUUUCUCUCUGCACAACCAAUACAGAAGGGUCUUCUCUUUGCUAAAACCCCAUCUUUCUCUGAUCACGAAUAUCCAUUAUACUCCAUGAUCAAAAUCAUUGAACAACUCAAGAACUCACUAUCUCUUACACUCAGUCACUUCUAUCCACUCUGUGGUCGCUUAUCGACUAGAAAACAAGAUGAUCCACCUUCAUAUACAGUUCUCUUAGACUGCAGUGACUCACAAGGAGCUGAGUUCAUCUACGCUAUUGCGGAAAAGGUCACAGUUGCAGAUAUUCUAAACCCACUCAAUGUACCACCAAUAGUGAGAUCUUUCUUUGCUUUAAAUGGAUCCAUAAACCAUGAUGGUCACACCGAGCCUUUGCUUGCUGUACAGGUAACAGAGCUUGUUGAUGGGUAUUUCGUUGGUUGUUCUUUUAACCAUGUUGUGGGUGAUGGCACCUCUUUCUGGCAUUUUUUUAGUACAUGGGCAGAAAUUUGUAGAAAAAAAGGAAACGUGGAGUCCAUUUCACCCCUCCCUCCUAUUACUAAACGCUGGUUUUCCGAGGAGGAACAACAAGAAGAUUACACCGGCUUCAACCUUCCAUUUUCUCACCAUGAUGAGUUUAUUGAGCGAACCAUUGCAUCACCACCACUCAGCAAGAGGAUUUUUCAUUUCUCAGCUCAAUCAAUCACUCAGCUCAAAAGUAAAGCGAAUAGCGAGGCCUGCACCAAUAAGAUCUCUUCAUUACAAGCCUUGAGUGCGCUAGUCUGGAGGUCAGUGACACGGGUCCUGGGUGUGCAUGAAGAGCAAGAAACAGCCUGCAGGUUGCUCGUUAAUGAUAGGUUAAGAUUAAACCCACCUUUGUCCAUCAACUACUUUGGUUGUUGUGCAGGGUCAGUGACAGGUAUAACCACGUCAAGAGAGCUACUUGGCCACGAGCUUGGAUGGGCAGCUUGGUUGUUGCAUGAGGCUGUAGCUAGUCGAACUGAUGAUAAAGUGCGUCAGUGGCUAAAUGUUUGGCCAAAGAAUCCCUCAUUUCUCCCAGUUAGACGUGUCCCUGGUCAGGCGAUGGUGUCCAUUGGUAGUUCGCCGAGGUUUGAUAUGUACGGGUGCGAAUUUGGUUGGGGAAAGGUAAUAGCUGUCCGUAGUGGGUCAUCUGUGAAUUACAGUGGAAAUGUAUGGUUGUACCCAGGUCGUGAAGGUGGAGGGAGUGUGGACUUAGAGCUAUGUCUUCCGCAGGAAACUAUGUCUGCACUUGAGUCUGAUGAAGAAUUCACAAGCUCACUUUGAAAGUCUGCUGUUGCAUUACGCCUAAAUUUGUGAGUUCGUCUCUCUCCCUUCCUCUCUGUGGUAAAAUUUCUUCCUCUGAUUCUACCGGGCUUUCACCUCUCUUUUUGCUGUACUACAUCUACACAUCUGUGUGCUAUUUUCUACUACAUUUUCUUGCCUAUAGUCAGUUCCUUGUUGGUAGUUAAAUAUGGUGUGGAGACUAAUGAGCUUUGUUGCAAACACACUAAUAGAGCUAUGCAUGCAAAAUGUAGCUGCUCAAAGGAUACUAUCACCAUUGCCAUGAUUUUGAAAGUUUGCAAGUGUUGGCUAAUGUAAAAUGUGUAGUAAAAUGAUUAUGGUUCUCCCCUGA